AAAACUUUACCCGAACAUUAUCUCAAAGAACCUCAAAAGAGAAAUGAAUCAAAAUUCUCAUCAAUCUAGUGUGAAUGGUUUAAAAGAUAUCUGAAUGAGGACUGAUAAGAAAGUAGGAAAGCUUCAGUAUCCAAUCUUUUUUCAGCAAGAUUCAACUCUUUUAAAUUCUCAUUCAUUAUCAAAAAGUCCGAUAAAGAGACCGUCACUGAAAAAGCUAGAAGUUAUUCCCCAUCCCAAAUCGAUUCUGACCUUGAUUUCGAGUGAAGAGUCAAAGGAUAUAUUUUCUAAAAAUGAUAUCGAAGAGAAGCCUUCAAAUGAUCAAUUAUCAACAGAAGUACCUGAUACCUUGAUUGGAUCGCCCACCAACAACAGCGAGUUCUUUAGAAUUAUAAACUUACCUCUUUAUGGGAAUUCUUGAAAAAUACACUGUAAUAUUAAGUUCUUUAAAGAUCAGCCGACUUUACAAAGUCUUUGAUCAAUGAUCCCAAAUCAACCUGCUCCAAAGAAAGACACAAAGAGUGACUUCAUGAAGAACCUCAAUGGAGUAGACACUGGGUAUACAGCAGAUGAUCCGUAUGAGCCUGAAACUUGUGGGUAUGCCUUAGAAAGCAUCUUCGAAGGGAGGCCCUCUACUUUGUUUUUCCAAUAUCUACCCCAAUGAGGUAAAAUCAGAGAUAUAUACAGGGCUAAAUAAAUGUGCAAAAACAAGCAGAGUUUAUUACAAGAUCACAGAUAAUUGUAAUCACUACAUCCCUGUUACUAAUGUGCUUUGAAAAGCUGGGGUAACCAUGACUGACGAAGAUGAUUUUGACCUAUUUCUCACAGCUCCCCGUAUGAAAAAGGAUGAGAUUAAGAAGGUGAAAAAGGGAAUGAAAUGAAAUCAUUUCCCUGGCAACAACUUUCUGGGACGUAAAGAUCUUCUAUGGAAAUGACUACAAGCAAAGUUGAAAGUUUAUCCAACCUCAUACAACAUUGUCCCAAAAUCUUGGAUAAUACCACAAGAUUAUAAAGAAUUUCUGAAAGAAAGAGAGAAUUCUCCAGAUCCAAACUCUCUGUGGAUUUCAAAGCCAAUAGAUUCUGCAUGAGGAAAAGGGAUUUCCUUAAUGACCAAAACCUCGUAUUGAUCCAAAAAAGUGGGUACCAUAAUUUCAAGAUAUAUCAGCGAGCCUCACUUGAUUGAUGGGUUUAAAUAUGACCUGAGGCUAUACGUUCUGGUCAUAAGUUAUGAUCCACUAAAAAUAUACUUUUACAAUGAAGGCCUGGUGAGAUUUACUACUAUAAAAUACGAUCUAAGCGAAGAAAAUCUUGAUAAAUAGUAUGAUUCAUUUGACAAAUUAUACCCUAAAUAAGGAUGGAGAAAACUUUGUCCACAACGAGGAAGCCGAUGAGGAUGGAGUCGGCAGUAAGUGGAGCUUAAGCGCUCUCAAGAGGAAAUUCACAAUGCUUGAACUAGACUAUGAUGCUCUCAUGGUUAAAAUUAAAGAUCUUAUAGUCAAAACUAUCAUCUCAGUCCAAUCCCAUGUCAUUGCAAGAAUGAAAGAGCUGGAAUGACCAAAUGACUCCUUCUUUGAAGUCUAUGGGUUCGAUGUUAUGAUGGAUAGCAAUUUGAAGCCCUGGAUAUUAGAAGUGAACACCAAUCCUUCUCUCAGUGACUCCUCUCCUCUUGAUAGAAUGCUUAAGACUUCUCUAGUUUGAGAUAUGUACAAUAUUGUUGGAUUCAAAGUACAAAAAGAAGGUUAUACUCCUGAAAAUCUUCAGAAAGGAAAAUUACUGACUAAAUAAAAAUAGCUUAUCCAAGAAUAAGAAAUACAAGAUAGCAAAGAAGUUUGAAGCAAAUAGUGAUAAAAACAAUACCAGAAGGAACAAAAGUAUUGAAAACUCAUCAUGCAAUAAAAAGUCGGUUUCUAAGCAAAAUAAAAAGAAGAAAGAAGAUCUCAUCCUGAACACUAUAGAAGAGGACUACCGAAAGGGAGAUUUUGAGAAGUUGUUCCCUCUUGCAACUAACGUGGAUAAAUACAAGAAAUUUUUCUCUGGAAAAGCUACUUCAAAUGAUAAAUUACUCUGGAAGUGGCUUAAAGACCCAAGCACAAUGCCCACAGAUCAUAUUAAAGUGCAGCAUACCAGUGCAGUGUAG